GGCCGAUGACUUCUGAACGCAGCACUCUUGCAUGACCACUCAAAGUGACGGUAGCGAUGGCUGGGAACGGGAGACAGCUGCGCUUGGUGAGACCCCGUCUCCACACUCGAUUUGCCAUGAAUAACUAGGUGUUCUACGAGAUUUUGGCCACGGGUCUAUGUUUGAAGAACAUUUGUGAAUUAAUAAGUUGACCGGCCACUUUCAAAAGAGUUUGGUAAGCUGGCAGUGCUGCCAGGAUUUGGGAACGGGGGGAGCGGGGAGGGCUCCUGCUGCCUUUGGGAGGUCUGUAUGCUUCCAACGCACUCAAACUGUGGCACCAGUGGCCGCUGGAUAUUGCUUUCUUUAGAUAAGUUUGCCUACUUGUCAAGGGUCAUAGACUUGGUAUAAAACCUUAGUCGAUGGAUUUGCCGCCCUCAAUACAACAUAAUUUUAGUCUCUUCACACAUCACUGUCCAGUCAACGCUUUCAGCUGUUUUUGAACAUUAUAAUGUCGAUCUCAGCACAUGCCUGCUGGGCAGUGAAGCGAACAGACUGUACUUUCUCUCUAGGCUAGAAAUCGUGAAGCAUGGGUGACUGGAGCUUUCUUGGGCGGCUCUUGGAGAAUGCACAGGAACACUCGACCGUGAUCGGCAAAGUCUGGCUGACGGUACUCUUCAUUUUUAGGAUUCUAGUGUUGGGAGCGGCAGCCGAAGAGGUCUGGGGCGAUGAACAGUCGGACUUCACCUGCAACACGCAGCAGCCCGGCUGCGAGAACGUCUGCUACGACGAGGCCUUCCCCAUCUCCCACAUCCGCUUCUGGGUUCUCCAAAUCAUCUUUGUGUCCACGCCGACGCUCAUCUACCUGGGCCAUGUUCUGCACAUUGUUCGUAUGGAGGAGAAGCGGAAAGAGCGUGAGGAGGAGCUGCGAAAGGCUAGCCGGCUUCAGGAGGAGAAAGAACUCCUGUAUAGAAACGGAGGGGGAGGGGAGUCUGGUGGACGGGGUGGGGGCGGCGGUGGCAAAAAGGAGAAGCCGCCAAUCAGAGACGAGCACGGCAAAAUCCGCAUUAGAGGUGCCUUGUUGCGCACCUAUGUGUUCAACAUAAUUUUCAAGACCCUGUUCGAAGUGGGGUUCAUUUUAGGUCAGUAUUUCCUCUAUGGUUUCCAGUUGAGGCCCCUGUAUAAGUGUGCGCGGUGGCCCUGCCCCAACACGGUGGACUGCUUCAUUUCCCGGCCCACGGAAAAGACCAUCUUCAUCAUAUUUAUGCUUGUGGUGGCUUGCGUGUCCCUUUUGCUGAAUUUGUUAGAAAUAUAUCACCUCGGAUGGAAGAAGGUCAAACAGGGCAUGACCAACGAGUUCGCGCCCGAGCGCGAGUCGCUGCCCGGUGCGAACGAAGCGGAGCUCGAGUCUCCCAGAACUUCGCCUCCUACCCUCAGGUACCCGCCAGACUACACGGAGGUGGCCGUGUGUGGCGGCGUGUUCCUUCAGCCUGUGUCGGCACCCUCCACGGCUGAGUUCAAGAUGGACCCUCUGUGUGAGGAGCUCAAGGAGUCCUCACCUUUUUACAUCAGCAACAACAACCACAGGUUGGCUGCCGAACAGAACUGGGCCAACCUGGCCACCGAGCAGCAGACUCGGGAGAUGAAAGCCGCACCCCCCUCCCCUUCCUCCUCCUCCUCCUCCUCCUCGUCUCACUCUUCCAAUAAUGGGCGGCAAGCCAAAGACGCCGCUCAGCUCGCUGACACCCCCACCUCCGCCGGCGGUGGUUCGAGCACUAGGCUGGAGGAGGGGCACGUCACCACCACGGUGGAGAUGCACGAGCCGCCCGUCAUUUUCACUGACGCUAGACGACUGAGCAAGGCUAGUAAAGCCAGCAGCGCGAGAGCGAGGCCCAAUGAUCUGGCGGUGUAGUGGCUCUCCACCCCAAAGCGCAGGGUUUGUGGACAAAAACACAGAGAAAUAAAAAAAAACAAGAGGAAGUGAGAGGCAGAUUGCUGGAAUGGAAAAGUUCAUUCCAUUCAUUGAGCGAUGUAAAAUCAGAUCGCAAAGAGUUCAAUCAUCUCCCAUGGGAUUAUGAAAGAUGCCUGCUGAAUGCUGGUUAGUGUAGUUGAAUGGAACAGCCAACCUGAUGCAGGUUAUGUUAUACCAGGAUCUGGAGUGAUUCACUGAAAAAUGUCACGUAAAUUAGUCUGACAAGGCCUUUGAAAGAUUGCCAUUUAAUCCAUUCAAUUUAGUACGAAUAUUGUAUCCAAGUCUUAUGAUAAAACAAAGGCACCAAACAUAAAAUGUUUGCAGUGUAAUAAAACAGGUUACCAAAAAAAAAAAAUUGGUUUAAUUGAGUAGACAAUUCUCAUAUUUUAUUUUAUUUAUUUUUGAAGCCUGGAAUAGAACAUGCUAGAGUGAGAAAAAAAAAUCAGUUGAAUUUGUCAAGUUCAUCUUGAAACAUUUUUAAAAAUGUUCUCUUUGUUGUUCCAGCAUCUGUCUCCACAUUUCCUCACUCUAAAGAUAAAUCAAAGUGUUGGGGAAGAAAAAAGGUAUAUUUGUCUGUUAUUUGUCUGCAUAACAGACAAAAGGUCAUCCAUACAUGAAAAAAUUAACAUAUACUGAGGCAAGUGAUAUAGAUAACUGUUGUACUACUGAAUGGUGCAGUUUUAAUUCAUAUAGCUUGUUUAUUCUCUGGACCACAUUUCUUUUUUUUUUUCUUUUUUUCAAUCCCAUAAUCUGAAGUUCACAUCCUGCUCCUCUUUUGGAUUUGAGAGUUUUGAUAUGUAUGACUAUCUUACCAUCAGGAAUACAUGAUCACUUUUGAAGUAGUUAAUCUGAGGAGAGGAGUACUAACUCUCAUUACAUGUGACAUUUGAAAUCCUUUAUAUUGAAAAGUUUGAGCAUUUUUAUUUCUAAAAAUGUAAGCAAUUGGUUGAGAAUGAGUACAAAAAAA